AUGACUGAGCCCACCAAGAUCAGCAUCUUGGGUCGGGGAGAGCAUCGCCUUCGAAGCCGCCGCCGCCUCCGUCUCACCUGCCCGCGUCUUCUCGUCUACAAUGCUGCGCCUGGCGAGAGCUCAAAGUCACGCUCGACAAAAGCCGACAUUGAGGAUUGGAUGCUGAGCCAGAGCCCACCAUGUGGCCGUGAUACCGUCGUCAUCGCGUUGGGUGGAGGUGUCAUUGGCGAUCUUACUGGGUUCAUUGCGGCCACCUACAUGCGUGGUGUUCGCUAUGUGCAGGUCCCCACUACUCUCCUCGCCAUGGUGGAUUCGUCAAUUGGAGGAAAAACUGCUAUUGACACACCGCUGGGCAAGAACUUGAUCGGCGCCAUCUGGCAGCCUUCGAGAAUCUACAUCGAUCUCGAGUUCCUGGAAACACUACCCACGAGAGAGUUCAUCAACGGCAUGGCCGAGGUUAUUAAGACUGCCGCCAUCUCAAGCGAAGAGGAGUUCACUGCACUGGAAGACAACGCGGAUGCUAUCCUCGCCGCUGUACGCAGCGAGAAGAAACAGGGCCGCUUCGACGGUAUUCGGGACAUCCUGAAGGCAAGAAUUUUGGCCUCGGCCCGCCACAAGGCUUUCGUCGUCUCCGCUGAUGAGCGUGAGGGUGGUCUCCGCAACCUACUCAACUGGGGUCACUCUAUUGGUCAUGCGAUUGAGGCCAUUCUGACCCCUCAGAUCCUCCAUGGUGAGUGCGUUGCCAUCGGUAUGGUCAAAGAGGCCGAGCUGGCCCGUCACCUCGGUGUUCUCAAGGGCGUCGCUGUGGCUCGCAUCGUCAAGUGUAUUUCCGCCUAUGGCUUGCCCACAUCAAUGAAGGAUUCACGAGUGCGCAAGCUGACUGCCGGCAAGCACUGCUCUGUUGACCAAUUGCUGUUUAAUAUGGCUCUCGAUAAGAAGAACGACGGUCCUAAGAAGAAGGUCGUUUUGCUGUCUGCCAUUGGACGUACCUACGAGCCCAAGGCCAGUGUUGUCUCGAAUGAUGACAUUGGCGUCGUUCUGGCUCCUAGCACCGAGAGUGCCCAAGACCCUCAAUGUUACCUGCGCACCCCGGGAUCCAAGAGCAUCUCCAACCGAGCUCUUGUCCUUGCUGCACUUGGUUCGGGAACUUGCCGUAUCAAGAAUUUGCUUCACUCUGACGAUACGGAGGUCAUGCUGAACGCUCUGGAGAAGCUGGGAGCCGCUACCUUCUCCUGGGAGGAAGAAGGCGAGGUUCUCGUUGUCAAUGGUAAGGGCGGCAAGAUCACUGCCAGCCCUUCUGAGCUAUACCUGGGUAAUGCCGGUACUGCCUCGCGAUUCCUGACCACCGUGGCCACUCUUGCUACUCCCAGCACCGUUAAUGAGAGCAUUCUCACCGGUAACAACCGGAUGAAGCAAAGACCCAUUGGCGACCUUGUCGAUGCUCUGACCGUGAACGGUGCGGACGUCGAGUACAUGGAGCGAAAGGGCAGUCUGCCCCUCAAGAUUGCCGCCUCUGGCGGUUUUGCCGGUGGCAAGAUCAAUCUGGCCGCCAAGGUGUCCUCUCAGUAUGUGUCUUCUCUGUUAAUGUGUGCUCCCUAUGCCAAGGAGCCAGUGACCCUGAAGCUGGUUGGCGGCAAGCCCAUCUCCCAGCCCUACAUCGAUAUGACCACCGCUAUGAUGAGAUCUUUUGGUAUCGACGUGCAAAAGUCGACAACCGAGGAGCACACUUACCACAUCCCUCAGGCUCACUAUGUGAACCCUGCCGAGUAUGUUGUUGAGAGCGAUGCCAGCUCUGCCACAUACCCUCUGGCCAUUGCGGCCAUCACGGGCACCAAGUGUACUGUCCCCAACAUUGGUUCCAAGUCGCUUCAGGGCGAUGCUCGCUUCGCUGUUGAUGUUCUGCGACCUAUGGGCUGCUCUGUCGAGCAGGAUGAUCACUCCACCACGGUCACUGGUCCCGCGAGUGGCAUUCUUCGACCACUUCCAAAUGUGGACAUGGAGCCUAUGACUGAUGCUUUCCUCACUGCAUCCGUCCUUGCGGCUGUUGCCCGGGGUGAGGGCCCCAACCACACUACUCGCAUCUAUGGCAUUGCCAACCAGCGUGUGAAGGAGUGCAACCGUAUCAAGGCCAUGAAGGACGAGCUAGCCAAGUAUGGUGUGGUUUGCCGUGAACAUGACGACGGUCUCGAGAUUGACGGCAUUGAGCGCUCUACUCUUCGUCAGCCCUCCGGUGGUGUCUACUGCUAUGAUGACCACCGUGUUGCCUUCAGCUUCAGUGUUUUGUCACUUGUAGCUCCUAAGUCUACUCUCAUCCUCGAGAAAGAGUGCGUCGGUAAGACAUGGCCCGGCUGGUGGGACACCCUCAAGCAGCUCUUCGGCGUCAAGCUCGAGGGUAAGGAGCUGAAGGAGGAUGAGCUUGCCACUACCUCUGCCGAGGAGAAGGCCAGUGCAUCGGUCUUCAUCAUCGGCAUGCGUGGUGCUGGCAAGACCACUACAGGCAAAUGGGUUGCUAAGGGCCUCGACCGCCCCUUUGUUGACCUCGAUACUGAGUUGGAAAUGGCCGAAGGCAUGAGCAUUCCUGAUAUGAUCAAAACUCGAGGCUGGCAGGGCUUCCGCGACGCUGAACUGGAUACUCUCAAGCGAGCUAUGAAAGACCGGCCUAAUGGCUACGUCUUCGCUUGCGGUGGUGGUGUUGUCGAGAUGCCUGAGGCUCGCAAGCUACUUACUGACUACCACAAGAACAAGGGCAAUGUUCUUCUCAUCAUGCGUGAUAUCAAGCAGGUAAUGGACUUCUUGCAGAUUGAUAAGACUCGUCCUGCUUACGUGGAGGAUAUGAUGGGCGUGUGGCUUCGCCGCAAGCCUUGGUUCCAGGAGUGCAGCAACGUCCAGUACUAUAGCCAGCACUCAAACAACACAGAGCUUGCUCUAGCCUCAGAGGACUUUGACCGCUUCCUGCAAGUUAUUACCGGUCGUCGUGAUAGCUUGAAUGAGAUCAAGAAGAAGAAGCACAGCUUCUUCGUCUCGUUGACGCUGCCCGAUCUGCGUGAUUGUGGUGACAUCCUGAGCGAGGCCUGUAUUGGAUCGGACGCCGUCGAGCUGCGAGUUGAUCUAUUGAAGGAACCGGCUUCCGACAGCGAAAUUCCUACCGUUGACUUUGUUGCUGAGCAGAUGUCGUUCCUCCGCCGCCGUGUUACACUACCUCUGAUCUUCACCAUCCGUACCAAGAGCCAAGGUGGCCGCUUCCCUGAUGAUGCUUAUGAGGCUGCUGCUGCGCUCUACCGCCUGGCGUUCCGUUCAGGAUGCGAAUUCGUGGAUCUCGAAAUCGCAUUCCCCGACGAGAUACUCCGGUCCGUGUCUGAGAUGAAGGGUCAUUCCAAGAUCAUCGCCUCCCACCACGACCCGGAAGGAAAGCUCUCGUGGAGCAACAUGUCCUGGAUCCCAUCGUACAACCGUGCUCUGGAGUUUGGCGAUAUCAUCAAGCUUGUGGGCGUCGCCAAAAGCCUGGACGACAACACUGCCUUGAGGAAGUUCAAGACCUGGGCCGCAGAGGCGCAUGAAACACCGUUGAUCGCGAUCAACAUGGGUGACAAGGGCCAGCUUAGCCGAAUCCUGAACGGCUUCAUGACCCCUGUGUCUCACCCGGCCCUGCCUUUCAAGGCCGCUCCUGGUCAGCUGUCAGCGACUGAGAUCCGCCGUGGUCUCUCAUUGAUGGGUGAGAUCAAGGCCAAGAAGUUUGCCAUCUUUGGCUCUCCUAUGGGUCUCCCCCACGAGUACACCCGUCUGGAAACCAGCAACGUUGAGGAUGUCAAGGACUUCAUCCACGCCUCUGACUUUGGCGGUGCUUCUGUGACCAUCCCGCUCAAGCUGGACAUCAUGCCCUUGCUGGACGAGGUCGCUCAAGAGGCCGAGAUCAUUGGCGCUGUGAACACGAUUGUUCCCAUCGACAACGGCGACAAGCCCCCUCGUCUGGUCGGCUACAACACUGACUGGCAGGGCAUGGUUAACUCCCUGCGCAACGAAGGCGUCUAUGGCUCCAACGGCACCGAGAGCGCCGUUGUCAUCGGCGGUGGUGGCACUGCCCGCGCAGCUAUUUUCACCUUGCACCACAUGGGCUUCUCCCCGAUCUACGUGGUUGGGCGCUCCGCCAGCAAGCUGGAAGGCAUGGUCGCCACCUUCCCGACCAACUACAACAUCCGUAUCGUGGACAACCAUACCCAGUUGGACAGCGUGCCCAAGGUCGCCAUCGGCACUAUCCCCGCCGAUCGUCCUAUUGACCCCAGCAUGCGUGAGACCCUCUGCCACAUGUUCGAGCGUGCGCAGGAGGCCGAUGGCAAGCUCAUCGGCAAGUCGAUCGAUGAGCAGUCGCCCCGUAUUCUCCUCGAGAUGGCCUACAAGCCUUCCGUCACUGCGCUGAUGCAGUUAGCUUCUGAUGCCGGCUGGAAGACUAUUCCCGGACUUGAAGUUCUUGUCGGUCAGGGUGUGCAACAGUUCAUCCACUGGACUGGGAUCACCCCCCUUUACCAUGUCGCACGAGUCAGUACUGCUCUUCACCCACGAUUCUUGAUGUACAACACUAACCAAUUUCCAACAGAAUGCUGUGAUGGGUAA